AUGAAGAAACUGAGCAUCCAACACCUUUUUAAUGCUUCAAAUCAAGAGUUGUUUGGUCAUAUUAGGAGGAAGGAGUUAAGAAUGUUGGUGAAAUUACUUGAGAAUGCUGCUACCAAGGGUGGGGUUGUGGAUAUCAGUGAGAAAGUGCAUGGGCUUUUAGAAGAUGUAGUUUAUAAGAUUAUACUGGGACGCAAUAACGAUGACCAGUUUGAUCUGAAGGGGCUCGUUUCAGAAGUUUUGACAUUAGCUGGAGCAUUUAAUCUUGCAGAUAUCGUACCUUGCUUAGAAGCAUUCGAUCUCCAGGGACUAAGACGUCAAUGUAAGGAAAUAAGCAAAGCACUUGACCAAUUGUUUGAGAAGUUCAUAAAGGAGCACGAGCAAGCUCGUAAAACCCAGAAGGAUGGGAAAAAUGAAGACUUUAUAGACAUACUACUCUCGCUAAUGCAUCAACCCAUGGAUGACGAACAAACUCAUCAAAUUACUCGAGACGACAUCAAGGCCAACACGCUAUCUUUGAUUUCUGCGGCAUACGAGACUUCUGCUAUUAGUGUCGAGUGGACUUUAGCUGAACUUUUGAGGAAUCCAAGGGUGAUGAAGAAUCUACAAGAUGAGCUGGAAACUGUGGUUGGAGUGAACAGAAUGGUGGAAGAGAUGGAUUUAUCAGAGUUGAAUUACUUGAACUUGGUGAUGAAGGAGAAUUUCAGACUCCAUCCUGUUACACCAUUCAUCCCUCGAGCAUCAGCAAAGGAUGUUAUGGUUGGUGAAUACUACAUAGAGAAAAAGUCACGAAUCUUAGUAAACUUAUGGGCACUAGGACGGAAUCCUCAGAUAUGGUCGGAUAAUGCUGAUGUGUUUUAUCCAGAAAGAUUUUUGAACAAUAACAUAGAUCUGCAAGGACAUGAUUUUCAAUUCCUACCAUUUGGUUCGGGACGCAGAAAAUGUCUUGGAAUGCAACUGGGUCAAACUACAGUUAAACUGGUGGUAGCUCAACUCGUACAAUGCUUCAAUUGGGAGCUUCCUCCUGGGAUGAAGCCUGAUGACUUGGACAUGACCGAAUCAUUUGGCUUCUCGUUGCCAAGAUCUAAGCAUUUGUUAGUUGAGUUAACUCGUCGCCUAUCUUCUGGGGUUUCAAAUUGUUACUGUUCCUCUGUUCCUGAAGUUAUGAGAUUGGGUGGUGUUUAUAAUCUUGCAGAUUUUGUGCUUACAUUAGGAGCUUUUGAUCUUCAGGGAAUAACACGACAGUUGAAGGAAACCAGUGAAGCAAUUGAUGGAGUGUUGGAGAAAAUAUUGAAGGAGUAUGAGCAAGCUUUUAAUGAACGAAGAGGUAAGCAGAAUGAUGACUUGGUAGACAUAUUACUCUCACCGACGCACCAACCCUUGAAUGAUGAUGAACAAAACUUUGUGAUCACUCGUCACAACAUCAAAGGUACUGCAUUAGAGAUCAUUUUUGCUUCAUUCGAAACCACUGCUUCGACCAUCGAUUGGGCUUUAUCUGAACUCUUGAGAGAUCCGAAGGUGAUGAAGAAGUUGCAAGUCGAGCUUGAAACUGUAGUAGGAAUGGAUAGAAUGGUGGAAGAAGCUGACAUAUCAAAGUUGAACUCUUUGGAUAUGGUGGUGAAGGAGACUUUAAGACUCUUUCCUGUAGGAAUAUUCAUCCCUCCCUCGAAAAUCAACACGAGAUAUUAUGGUUGA